ACCUGAGAAGCUUUGAGCGAAAAUCUGAUCGUUUGAUAAUCGAAAAAGGUUAAUAUUUUCCAAUCUUGACAUUCAUUCGUAUUUAGAGGUCAAGUACGGAGGUACAAGUGCAAGAUGAUUUUCACAAGGAAGAAAUAAUUUUUAUGUCACGCACAAAAAGCGUUUGCUAUAAUUUAUGGUGUGGAUUUCACCAGAGCGAGCAAGAGUCACACAGUAAAACUCGACAAGUUAUUUACAUUGUAUCCAUGUACGUACUUCAAAAGUGAACGAUAUUAGAGUACGUCUACGUAUUACGAAGAGUCUAAGAAUACAAAAAUUAAUAUCUCAAGCUAUCGGACAAUUUCUGCUGGCAAUUCACUCACGCAUCGUUUAUUUACUCAUGUCACUCGUCGAUGAUUAUAAAGAUAUUUCAAGUACCUAUACGUGGACUCCUACCUAGCCUUUAAUUGAAAUACGAAUAAUUGCUCAAUGAUUUAAUCAGUGUGUUUAAUUCAUUGUUCGAAGCUUUCAGACGUCGACAUGUUACAGAACUCGCGAAUAUGUUGCGUUCCGAAAAGAUACGCGAUUGUGUUCAUGAUUUUUUUAGGUUACGCGAUUAUGACCUGUUUACACACAAAUUUAGCUAUGACAGUGGUUGAAAUGACCACAUUGAAAAACGUUUCAAAUCAAAAUGGUUACAGUGAACUGAAAGCUGAGUUCAACUGGACUCCUCAAGAAAAAGGUCUCGUACUAAGUUCCUAUUCAUACGGUCGACUUUUAUGUCCUCUCGGGGGCUUAUUAGCUGGUAAAUUGGGAGGCAGUACGAUCUACGCGAUCGGAUAUCUAGUCAUGUCAUUGGUAACUUUCUUCACACCUGUCCUACUUUCGGUCAAUUUCACAUUGUUUUUCAUUAUAUACGUAAUCUUUGGAAUUUUCGAGUCAUUCAUAUUCAGCGGUGUACCAGACAUUUUUUCUCGAUGGGCACCACCUAACGAAAGAUCCAAGUUCGUAUCAUUCGGUGUCAGUGGAUUUUACGUGGGAACUGUAGCAUCUUUUGCUAUUUCUGGUUGGGUGCUGACAAACUAUAAUUGGCAAAAGCUAUUUUAUGGCAGUGGAUUGGUGUCAUUUGCAUGGACAUUAAUUUGGUUUGCCAUCGUGAGAAAUGAUCCAGCAAAGGAUAAGUUUAUCAGUGAGUCGGAACUGAAAUAUAUUCAGGAUGAAUUAAAAAGUGGUGAUGUCGAGCAGAAGUUGACCUAUCCUUGGAAACGUAUUUUCACCAGCGCAGCUCUAUGGAUAGCUGCUUUAUCUGAAUUUGCCAUCGUAUGCGGUUACGUAUUCAGUACCAUGUUUUUACCACAAUAUAUCAAAGACAUCAACAACUUCGACAUCGAAAAAAUAGGUUACAUCUCUACACUUCCACACAUCUGUUCCAUUAUUUCCAUGCCAAUUUGCGGUUGCGUCUGCGACUACAUCAGAUCUCAUAAAAUAAUAUCCAUCACUAAUAUCCAUAGAAUCGUGGCUGGUAUUGGUUUGUUUAUUGCUGUACUUUCAUACGCUGUAGUGCCCAUAUGGACGAAUGUCGUAGUCGAUAUUGUUGCAAUUUCUGUAUUCCAAUUUUUCAGCACAUUUGUCAUCAUCGACCUGAACGUAUUUAUUCUUGAUUUCGCUCCCAAGUACUCUGCUUUCAUGAUGUCUGUGAUAAACUCGAUUGCUACAUCUUCAGGAGUAGUUGUACCAAUUUUGGUAGCAAGUAUAGUAACAUCAGCAAGUCUUUCCCAGUGGAAUACUUGCUUUGUUGUCUUCAGCAUUAUGUACUUGAUCGCUGCAAUAUUCUACUUAAUAUUUGUCUCUGAAGAGCAGCCUUUAUGGGUUAAUAGCACUUCGACAACUGAGAAUAAGCAAUCUCAAGAAAAAAGAGAAGAUAAUACAAUCUGUACUUCUUGAAUAAAUUUUUAAAAAGUCAAUUUUGCACGUCUUAUGUACUGUAGGUAGAAUUUUAGGAAUCUUUGCUUCUUACCAACCUUUCUCAAUUUUCAACAAUUUUAACAUCAAUUCUACUGAUUUUCUGAAAAGUUUGGGUACUCAAUUUUUUUCACAUAAAAAUCAUUCAAGUUUUCAAAAAAAUGAAAAAAAGACAACAGAACACAAAACACCCUGUUUAAAACGUGUUUUUUUAAUAGGUACUAACUUCUUUUUUUCAAUUUUUCAUUCAGUUGUGGUAUUUUUUGGGAAAAAGGCAAAAAUGGAAAAUUUUCAGUGUUUUUAUUUUAAACAAAAGAAAUUGUUUGUUUUGUUUUUUUCUAAAAAAAUAAGUUUUUUUCUGAACUCUGAAUUCUAGCUCAGCUGAUUUAUGUAAGUAUCAGGAAUUUAAUGAAAUAAACACUAUUUGAACAGUUUAAUGUAAUUUUUAUGAUAUUUCAUCAAUUUUUUUUUGUUUAAUUCACCAAAUGUCGUGGUUAUUAAUUAUUUUUUUGUGUUGCCAUUUUAUCACAUUUUUCUCAAUUUUCAACCAUUUUCAUUAAUUUCUGUCAUUUUCAACAAUUUUUGAAGAAAUGUUGGCAUUUUUAAAGAUUUUUUUUCAGUUUUAAAUCAUUUUCACGUAUUUUCAUCAAUUUUAAAGUUUUUACUUACCUACUGAAUAUCCAGAUUAGGUUGUGCCAACGUUUCGAAAAAAAAGACAGUAAGUAGGUAUUUUUUGGUUUAGGUAAAACGAUUUUUUUUGUUUGCAUAAAAACACUUGAAAUUUUCUAUUUUCCCCCUUUUUCAAAAAAAAAAAAAAAAAAAAAAAAAAAAAUAGAUACAAAA